AGUCGCUGCGCAAAUCCAGAAGCUACAUAGAAACGCUGUAGCGUCUCGUGGCUAAUAUUUGGAGGAAAAAAAAAGUUAUCUUCCUGUCAGUUCGUCAUGGCCGAUAAAUUGCGAAAAUUGAUCAUCAGCAGGGAAACACGAAAUUACGUAAUGAGCACACAUUUCUGGGGGCCUAUAUUAAACUUCAUGAUUCCCAUAGCGGCGAUAAACGACAUGAGAAAGAGUCCACGAAUUAUCAGCGGCAACGUGACAUUGGCAUUAACUGCCUAUAGCCUUGUUUUCAUGAGAUUUGCGCUAAAAGUCAAUCCAAGGAACAUGCUACUCUUCACGUGUCACAUAAUUAAUGCUAAUGCACAGCUGAUCCAAGGAUUUCGUUAUGUCAACUAUCGCUAUAUAAAUCCCAACAGUGAAAUAAAUCAGGGCGAAUAAGGAUUCGAGUAAAUAAUAUACAUAAGAAAAGAUUUUAGAGUCAAAGUGAAACGGCAAAAGAAACUAUUUUAUAUAAACAAAUGAGAAGUAUCACUGAGUACGGUACAGUGUGAUAAGAAUCUACAGUACAGUUGUACAGGGGUCAUCCUCGGGGGUCAUAGAACCAAUACCGAACUGCAUGCGGACUAGGGCGCAGAUCAGGUCCCGGGUCACUUUAUGGGAUCUCUCACGGAUCUAGUAGGAAUCUAUCCCGUAUUCCGUAUUUCCGAAUGCUAAGCCACUUGGUGUGCCUUUACUUCAUCCCUCUGGAAAGCACAAUUCACCCCCCGUCAGUCGAUCCAUAAAACCCGCCCCACCCACUGAAUAAAUAUAUAUGGCCUUAUUAGCCCUCCUUGGCUUCGAUCAUGCGUUCUGCCCAUAAAUUCGCUUCCAUUCCUGUUUCUAGUUUCACCCCUACUUUCUCCCUGUUUGUUUAUUCACGCAUAGGAGCAAAAAACAGAGAAGAGAGACAAAGAUACAAGGUAGCGAUAAAGAUGAGAUUAAAUUUUCGUCAAAAUUGUGAGUUCGAAUCCGGCGAAGGGAAAGAAAAAAUUUGUUUUCCUAUCGAAAAUGGCGCAUGCUUAUCUCGUGAAAGCAAGGGAUACCAAAGUGGAGUCAAAGGACAGACGAGUCCUUUGGGACUGAUUUCACAAACAAAUGCCGACGAUUGAAUCCUGGCAAGUCGUAAGAUGGAUCGCUCUCUUUGAAUCACAGAUUACCCGCCUUGCUUUCUCGUCCUCAUACUCAGGUCCUGUUCUCAUCCACGUACUUGUACAUCUUCCCAUCCUCCUUGUACUCGUUCUCUCUGCUCCUUCGUUCUGGCCUGGCUUGGCUAUCUUAUAGGUUCUACUAUAUCCACUUUGGUUUGGUCCAGCAGUAUACGGAUGCUGUGGAACAUUACUGACUGUCUGCGAUGCUACGUACUUUUACUACUUUUACCAAUGAUUCUGGAAUACUCAUCUACUUACCUUCUUACGACUACCUUCGACUUACCUUCUUUUUCUCAUUCCCUUCAGCCCUUCUGUGUCGCUUUUACAACCCUCCAGCAAUUUGCCACUUGCCUACGUUGCUGUCCUGACGUACGGCCUGCGCAGGCAGAUCUUGUAGAAUUAAGAAGAUCCCUGGAGCCGUUUCUCCUGGUCUUGCUGUCCAUUUGAUUUUCUGUAAGAUAAUUAGAAAAUUUAUUUUAAUAAAAAAAUUAAAAAUUUUA